GGUGUGGCUGCUAGCUACAUGAUUAAUAUGGAAAAACGAACAGGCAUUUGGAGAACGGGAAAAGGCAAAGAAGAAGACACGCCAAGUUUUAUUCAAAUUUGCUGGCUAACAUUUUACGUAUGAUUAUUGUGCAAAGCUAACGUUAUAGUAUCUAGCCGGCCAGGUGGCUAUUGUUUCAAUAUAAAGUUAGCUAGUUAGCUUAGCCACCUAGUGUUUGAAGACCUAGUUGGAAGGUUAAUUUAUUGUCUCAUUUGGUUUGUUGCAAGUAGAAAUAUAAAGUGUUUCAUGAACAGUCAGUGAUAUUACCCUGCGAAGUGUUUAAAAAGUAUUCUUAAAUACUGCGCCAAAUUAUUUUUCCGACGUGUUGCAGCCACUUGUCCGAAUAGCCAGCUGACAGGAGGCCCAUUUAGCCCGCAUUCUUGGACGGCUGCAUUACAGACGUCGCAUGUAGUCGUCAGCCUGCGAGUCCCAAUUUUAAGAGCCUCGACAAGCAGCACUCCCCUCACCAUGACGAGAACCACGGAAAGCGCACGGCCCACGGGGACAAGAUGAUGUACGGAAAAGCAGUCAGGCUGAACAUCAUGAAUUCGGACGGCGGGCUUCCCAGAGGGGCCGAGGGUAGACUGGGCCCCUCCUGCGUGCCGGGGGAGCAGGGUCGACAGCCUCGCUGCACCGAGGCGUAUUUACGCGGCCCGGCGGACCCCACCGCGGACAGCAACGGCACCUCCCGCGUCCGUGGCCACAAACGGCAGACCUGCUGUCGCAAGGCCAAAGUGACGAAAUCCACCCUGAGAACAGCAGAAUACAGGAACUCCCAAAACAGGAAGCUCACAGAGUUCUACCCCAUAAGGAGGAGCUCCAGGAAGUGCAAUGCAGAGCUCAAGUGUGAAGAAAAGAAACACAUCGAUGAGCUGCUCAGUAGUGGGACUGAAGAAGGAAUGAAGGUGCAGCACAUCGAGGGGAAAGGAAGGGGGGUUUUCGCCACCAGAAGUUUCCGGAAAGGGCAGUUUGUCGUGGAAUACCAUGGGGACCUACUGCAGAUCACAGAUGCCAAGAAGAGAGAAGCUAAAUACGCACAAGACCCUUCUACGGGCUGCUAUAUGUACUACUUCCAGUAUCAGAGCAAAACGUACUGUGUGGACGCCACUAGAGAAUCCGAACGCCUGGGGAGGCUGAUCAACCACAGCAAGAACGGCAACUGUCAGACCAAACUGCACGACGUCAAGGGAAAGCCUCACCUGAUCCUGGUGGCCUCCAGGGACAUCGAGGAAGGGGAGGAGCUUCUGUACGACUACGGCGACCGCAGCAAAGCUUCCAUAGCGGCGCAUCCCUGGCUCAAACACUGAUGUACUGCACUCUUCCUGUGUGGGGUUCUUUUGUUUUGAGUUUGGUUUUUGUUUUUUUCCUAGUUUGGCGUGUUCUAAGAAGGGACAAAAUGCAAGCAAUGCAGCUUUGUUGAGAGACCAUUUUAAAAUACUGAAAAUUGCCUUAGCAACAGAAUGUGUAAAUGAUUUUUUUUUUUUUUUGUUCUGGGGUAGUUUGAAGUUGGGCGACAGACUACAAUGAGUUGUAUUAACAGAUAAAGGCAAUCUUUAAAAUGUCCUAGAAGAAUACUUUUUAAAUUCCUAUCUAUAUAUUAAUGCGAGUUUUCAAAUGCAUUUUUUGUAUAUUUUGUACACCCAUAGACCAGUGCUUCCAGAGCAUGCAGGUAUAGUUCAGAAGUUCUGCAUUUUUAUACUGGUUUUCUUAAUCUAUUGUCUGGUAGUUGAAAUAUGCUUAGCAAUAAUUAUUUAUGGUACCGGAAUGUUUGUGGGCCAUGCAGAACCCUAAGACAUGCUGUAGGAGAGUUAUAUUUAAAUGGUUCUGAAAACUGGAAUGUGAUUCCUGUCAAUAACUUACACUUUAUUUUUAAUGUAACCUUUUGCCAUGUUGGGUGUAGUUAUUUCAUGAACUUGAACAAAUAUGUACCUCUAACACACAACGCUGUUAAAUGUCCACAACCAAAUGCUUUAUGUGAAAGUAUUUAAAUAAAUCUGUAUGCUGGGUUAGGGGCAUUGUUGAAUAAAACAGUUUUAUGCAAGUUUUA